AUGGUCGAUCAGCUCGUCGGCAAGUGGGAUCUCGUCUCGUCGGAGGGCUUUGAUGAGUACCUCAAGGAGGUUGGCGUCGGGCUGAUGACGCGCAAGAUCGCCUCCAACCUCAAGCCGACGCUGAUCUUUGAGAAGAACGGCGAGACCUGGUCGAUGACCUCCAAGUCGACGUUCAAGACGUUCACCGUCACCUGGGAGAUGGGCAAGGAGCAGGAGGGCGAGACGGCUGACGGCAGGAAGGUGAAAGCCACGUUCUCGGUGGAGGGCGACAAGCUGAUCCAGGUGGAGAAGGGGGCCAACGGCAAGGACAGCCGCUUCGAGCGGUGGAUCGAGGGCGGCAAGCUGAACAUUGUGUGCGAGUGCAACGGCGUGAAGUGCGUGCGCGUCUACGAGCGCUCGGCCGCC